AGAGCGGUGGAAACGCGAGGCUCGCAGCCUCAAUUCGGAUUUCGCUUUAGAGGCGGGCGGGUUCCGUCAUCCGUUCCUAAUUCUGCCCACGAGAAGCUCCCAUGCGGUAGGAGCGCAGUUCACUCCUGGGAUCAGCGAUGGCCAAAAGGAGUUCUUUGUUCAUCCGAAUAGUGGAGGGGAAAAACUUGCCUGCCAAAGACAUUACAGGAAGCAGUGACCCAUACUGCAUAGUGAAAAUAGACAACGAAGCCAUCAUCCGGACAGCCACAGUAUGGAAAACUCUGUUCCCUUUCUGGAGCGAAGAAUAUGAGGUCCACCUGCCCCCUACCUUCCACUGUGUGUCCUUCUAUGUGAUGGAUGAAGAUGCAUUAAGCCGGGAUGAUGUGAUCGGGAAGGUGUCCCUUACCCACAGCCUUCUGGCUGAACAUCCCAAAGGUGACAGCGGCUGGCUUGAAUCCUCACUGAAGUCGCACCCUGAUGAGGGGAGGUACAGGGGAACUUCACCUCCGAUCAAAUCGUAAGAAGCUGCUUGCCAGGUGCGUUCGGCUGCUCGGGAUUUGGCUCGGAAGGACCGGAAUGGAGCCUCCGACCCCUUUGUCAGAGUUCGCUAUAACAGCAAGACGCAGGAGACUUCCGUGAUCAAAAAGUCCUGCUAUCCAAGAUGGAACGAGGCUUUCGAGUUUGACCUGGAUGUGUCGGCCCCAGAGAAGCUGUGCGUCGUAGAGGUUUGGGAUUGGGACCUUGUCAGUAAGAACGACUUUCUGGGGAAGGUGGUGUUCAAUAUCCAGGGGCUGCUUACUAUUCAGCAAGAGGAAGGCUGGUUUCUCCUCCAACCGGACAAAUCAAAGCCGCCGCAGGAUGAAGGCAACCUGGGUGCCUUGCACCUCCAAGUGCGCCUUCGGGAUGAGAUGGGGCUCCCAUCCAGUCACUACCAGCCACUGGUGCAGCUUCUGUGCCAAGAAGUUAAGGCGGCCCAGGACAGAAAAGCACAUUUAAUAACCCUCAUUGAUGAAACUACGACUGCUGAGUGCCGGCAGGAAGUUGCCAUCAACCUUGUCAAGCUCUUCCUAGGACAAGGUUUAGCCAAAGAGUUGCUGGAUCUUCUCAUCAAGCUAGAAUUGGACAAAACCGAUGAGCCAAACACUCUCUUUCGGAGCAACUCUCUGGCCUCUAAGUCGAUGGAGUCCUUCCUGAAGGUGGCAGGAAUGCAAUAUCUCCAUAAAGUCCUGGGCCCCACCAUCAACCGCAUGUUUGAAGAAAAGAGAUACAUCGAACUGGAUCCCCACAAAGUGGAGAGCAAAGAUGUUGGAUGCUCCAGCCUCCACCGGACCCUGAGUGACAGCGACGUGGUCGAACAGAGCGUUCACAUCCUUCGGUCCUACUUGACCGACCUCCUCGCCGCCGUCGCCAAGUCCAUCAAGCUGUGUCCUGCUGUCAUUCGUGCUACCUUUCGCCAGCUUUUCAAGAGAGUCGGGGAGCGUUUCCCUGAAGAGAAAGACCAGAACGUCAAGUUCAUUGCCAUCACCAGCUUCCUCUGCCUGCGCUUCUUCUCCCCGGCUAUUAUGUCCCCCAAACUGUUUCACCUGCGAGAGAAACACCCCGAUGCCCGCACCAGCCGAGCCCUGCUGCUCCUAGCUAAGAUGGUCCAGAAUGUGGGAAAUAUGGAUCCAGGUGUAAGUUGUGCCAAGGAAAGCUGGAUGGCCCCUCUGCAACCCACCAUCCAGCAGGGAGCUGCCCAGAUGAAGCAGUUCAUCCUCCAGCUGAUAGACUUUGAGGAGAAAGACGAACUGGACUUGCAGACGGCCCUCACCUUGCCGAGCCAGGUGGUCAAAGAGGGGCCUUUGUUCAUCCACAAGGCCAAAAAUAAAGGCCCUCUCCUGUCGUCUUCCUUCAAGAAGCUCUACUUCACCCUUACUAGCGAAGCCCUCACCUAUGCCAAGACACCCAGCUCCAAGAAAAGCUCCUUCAUCACUCUGGCCAACAUCCGGGCAGCCGAGAAGGUAGAAGAGAAAAGCUUUGGAAACUCCCACGUCAUGCAGAUUGUCUACGCUGAUGAGGCCGGGCAGGCGGAGACAGUUUAUCUACAGUGCAAGUGCGUCAACGAGCUCAACCAAUGGCUGUCAGCCUUGAGGAAGGUCUGUGUGAACAACACGGGGAUGUUGUGCUCCUACCACCCGGGCAUCUUCCGAGGAGAGAAGUGGAGCUGCUGCCACCAGAAGGACAAAACAGGUCUGGGCUGUGACAAAACUCGGCAUGGAGUUACUCUGCGGGAAUGGAACGACCCUUUGGAUCCGGAUUUGGAAGCUCACUUGAUAUUCCGGCAUCUGCUUGGAGUCCGAGAGGCGAUGAAGGAAAAGUAUCUGGAAUGGAAGGAGAAAGGAGAGGACCUUCCUCUGAACCAAAGUGAAGACCUUAGCAAUGCUGAUGGACCGACCCAGCUCUUCCGCGUGCUGCAGGACCUGGAGGAAGUUUACGACAAGGAACUCUCCCACUUGACGGAUCUGGCUGAUCAGGAGCGGAACUGCCUGGUGGAUCUGCAGACGUGACUCCGGAACAAACCAGUUGUUUGGGCCGUGCCCGAUUCUGCCCCGGCCACCAGAACUGCAGCCAAAUGCCUUGAAAUGAGUCUCUCUGGACUUACACUCAUGCUUGGGUAGGGUGGGGGCUGAUUCUCCAAAGACCAGAAGAUGGGCAACUCCUAGCUCACCGUAUAGAGCGAGUGGCCCCAGUGUGCUCUCAGAACUGAACAAAAGAGGCCCAUCCAGGCUAGUGGCUCUUGCUGCUUGUGACAGUGGAUUUGCUGGUUUUAAAAUGGAAUUGGGCACGUUGGUAGGAGAGAGGUCUAUCAGUGGGUUCCAUCAUAAUGGCAUUUUCAUGUUCAGAGGCAAUAUAUCUUCUUGAAAACCAGUUGUUAGGUGGAAGACACCAACAAAGGGAGGUAUUGGCCUUGGUACUUCAUUUGUGGGCCUCUCAAUCCAUCCAAUUGACUAUUGUGGGAACUGGGAUCUUGGACUACAUGGAACUUUGGAGAUGAUCCAGCUACAUCAGGGAUGUCCAAGUCUGGCACCCCAGAAGUUGAUGGACUACGCUUCCCAUCAGCCCCUGCCAGCAUGGCCAAUUGUAGCCUGUUGCGCCAGAGUUGGACACCCCUGAGCUACAUCCUCAUUUUUUUUCCCCUUUCCCAGUUAGGCAAUGAGCAAUUUUUUUUUCUGUACUGUUGCAUAGUUGAAGACGAAUAAACAGGCGCUGUUGCCAUCUGGCUAAAAUGGACCAAGGAAGGGGAAAGGGGGGCUUCAGCCUUUGUGGGGGGGGCUGCACGGAAACCACCAUUCUGCAAGCCGGAGAAACUCUGAACGCACAAUAAAGCAAUUUUAGGAA